UACAAAUGAUAGUUUAGGUGGGAAUUUCCCUCCGGAUGUAUUUACCAAGUAUAAAAAAAUGCGGAUACUUUAUAAUUUCCCCCAAAGAAGUUCACCGCUUUAACUUUCUUUCUCUCUCUUCCUUCAUCUCCAACUCUAGUUCUUCAUCCCCUUUUGUAGUAAUUAUCGAUCUCCUCAACCGAUUUUCACAAACCACUAAGAUAACUCAAUUCCAACGCAUCUUUAGCAACAGAAGUAGCAAGAAGAAGAACAACUUAUGUGUUACCGCUACCCAAUCUUCUCUUUUCUAGAGCUUUAUCACCGACGAAGUACAAAUACGCCACUGCCUCCAUACGCACCAUUGCAAAUCUACAUUCCAUGAGUAGGAAGGGAUCCAAAACCUAACUCCGGUGAUAGAAAGAUGAACAACAAACAGUGGACUUUUCUUACUCUAGUUUAUUGGACAAAUGGCAGACCAUCGGACAUCUGAUAAGACAGAUCAAGCAAAUCAACCGCAGGAAGUACCUAUUGAAAGUACCACAAGUCCUCAAUAACCGCGCAGACCCUCAGGUCUGCGGGGAAACGACCUGCUAGACGACAACAUAGAUACAUCGUUAAGCAAAAGGACAAACAACAAGUACAUCACUAGCGUACACGCGGCAACAUCUGAAUAGGCCAAAGUACUGAAUAGUACGCCUAUAAAUACUGCCGUCCCCAUUCAUUUGCGGACACGUUCAAUAUAAGUACAAUUCUUAACUCUCUCUACUUUCUCUCUCUAGAGCAUUAUCUCAUUUGCUGACUUAGGCAUCGGAGGGGGUUUCCUCGGUUAAACCCCCGAGGUUAGCUUACGUUCGUUCUGUCUAACAGGGCAAUAUCACCAGGCAGGGCUCCCCCAGUUCCAUACUCGGAACAAGUGGCGCUAGAAGGAGGGGGACCUCCCAAACCUCGCUCUUUAAAAACCUACCCUCCCACAUAAUGACCGAGUCAAACGAACUGGUAAUCCAACAGAUAGAACCACCCACCUCAAAAAACAACCAGAAAACCACAAACAUACUCUUGUUUGGCAUGCCUCAAAGUCUUGGUCCGCCAAGAGAAACACCACAACCCAGAGCUAUGACAACCCCCAGCCAGGCCCAAGGUAUCCCAAUUCCGACCAGUGCCUCGCUAGCGCGGCUGGGGGCACAGUUCUCACCUGACCAGAUGCGCACAGCAAUAGAAGUCCUGACAUUCCUUACUCAAACAACCCCACAAGCCCAGGUCGUGAGAACAGCCCCAGAGGUUGAGGUUGAGCAGAGGAGAAAACGUCCCAGACCCCAACAUAGUCCGAAUGUUUGGAGGAGGAACCUGCAGCAAGACAUGGAAGGGGUUGACAAUCAAGAGUAUGAAGCAGAGAGUAUCACACCGAGCAGAGCUCAACCCCGAGCAAGGACUGAACAAGCACCCAGUCAUAGACACCACUCCGUGUCAGGUACGCCCAAUCCCAUCCGAGCAGUAGUUAAGCCUGAUAACUCUCCCUUCUGCGAUGAAAUACUCUCUGAAAGAAUGGAAAAGAUAAAAAUGCCCACCUGCAAAUACUCCGGAAAGACAGACCCAACGAAUCACCUCUCUGCCUUUGGGGGACACAUGAUGCUAUAUACCAACACAGACUCUAUGUGGUGUAAGGUCUUUCCUUCCACUCUAGAGGGGAUGGCACAGAGCUGGUUUGGUAAAAUACCCAAAGGCACCAUAACCUCUUUUCGGCAGCUAGCUAUCUUGUUUCGCACCCAAUACGUGGCAAACAUUGCCAGAGAAAGGAUGACAGGGGAGCUGAUGUCAGUCAUCCAAGGGCCUCAGGAAUCUCUGAGGGAAUACAUAUCCAGAUUCAAUAUGGAGGCGUCGAAUAUACCCAAGUUGCAGCAAGAGGUAGCAGUCCUGGCCAUGAUGACUGGUCUGCGGGAUGGAGAGUUCAAGAGUUAUCUGGGCAGAAAAUCAUUCACAACCCUGGCAGAGGUACUAGGAAAGGCAAAUGAAUUUAUAAAGAGUGAAGAAAUUGGCAGAGCAACCUCACGUCGAUAUGUGGCAAACGAGAACAAUUACGGUAGUCAGAGCAAGAAAGAGCCAUACAAAAAAGAAUACCCAGACAGAAGAGAAAACCCACAGCCCAGAAGAGACUGGCAGGGACCAGGCAGAGGCAGAGGUAAUGAAUUCAAAACUGAAAAAAGGAGGAAGUUCAAUGAAUAUACCCCCUUAGUGGCAUCCAGAACUCAAAUUUUUGCCAUCAGCAAAGAAGACGAGAAGUGGCAGAGACCUCCCAAAAUGUACAACAAGUACAGGACCCAAAAAAGUACUGUGACUUUCACAGAGAUCAUGGCCACCUCACAGAAGAAUGCACUCAUUUGAAGGACAAUAUCGAAGAUCUGAUCCGGAGGGGAUACUUGACUCAAUUCAAAGGAAAAAGCUCGUAUAGCAGGACCUACGAGAACAGAGAUAAUGAUAAUAGGUCCGACAAUAAGAAGGUGGAACCCAAGCAAAGCUAUCCAGCAGACCAAAAGAGAAUGGGCGACAUUUUGGUCAUAACAGGAGCGCCAGUUUACGCAGGAACCACUGUUAGCGGGGCCAAGGCCAGUGUGAGCGAAUUCAAACACCAGGUUAAUUACCAUAAUUCUGGCAGGUGGCCUGCCCCUCCAAAAAUCCCGCAGUGCACUUUCACAGAGGAGGACUGUAAAGGCAUAAUAUACCCCCAUGACGACCAUAUGGUACUAGCCCUGAACGUAGCAAACAGGAAAAUCCACCGUAUUCUGAUAGACGGAGGUAACUCUGCAAACAUCUUGUUCUGGCCUGCUUUCCAAGAGUUGCAAAUUGAUGAGAAAUACGUAAAGCCAGUCAAUUACCCAGUAAUCGGAUUCACAGGAGCCACAGUGAUACCAGAAGGGAUAGUCAGUUUGCCAGUGCAGAUUGGCCAAGGGAAGGAUAUCAAGGACAUCAUGGUAGACUUCAUGAUUGUGAAAGUCCCCGCAGCCUACAACGUCAUUCUUGGCAGACCAUUCAUUCAUGACGCAGGGGCUGUAGUCUCCACUUAUCACCUCACCAUGAUGUAUACGACAAAUGAUGGCCGCUCAACCAAGGUCAAAGGCAGUCAGGAGCAGGCUAAGAAGUGCUACCACACAGCGCUAAAACAACCACCCAGACCCCCACCACUGGCAAAAGAAGAACUUCCCCAAUCUCGAAAAAGAAAGAGAGCAGAGCGCAAAAAAGACAAGUUGCUAAGCAUGGAAAACUUCGAGCAUCGGGAGGAAGGUCUGUUGGAACCCACGUCAACUGACGAAACUGAGGAGAUAGAAUUAGAGGAAGGGUUGACAGACAGGACGGUUCGAAUUGGCACAGACGUAGAUCUAUCCCUCAGAGUGAACCUCAUUGGUCUGUUGAGAGAGCACGCAGACAUAUUUGCUUUCUCAGCGGACGAAAGGCCAGGGAUUGACCCCAGUGUUAUGGUCCAUAGACUGAAUGUCAGCAGAGAAGUCAGGCCAGUGAAACAGAAGAAGAGAAAUUUCUCGGCAGAGAAGAAUGUAGCCAUCCAAGAAGAAAUCAACAAAUUGCUAGCAGCCAAGUUCAUAGAAGAGUGCGAUUACCCAGAAUGGCUGGCUAAUGUUGUGAUGGUAAAGAAAGCAAAUGGUCAAUGUAGGAUGUGUGUAGACUUCACAGACCUAAACAAGGCCUGUCCGAAGGAUUGUUACCCAUUGCCCAGAAUAGAUCAGCUGGUUGAUUCCACCAGUGGACACGCUCUCUUGAGUUUCAUGGAUGCAUUUUCCGGCUACCAUCAGAUCAGUUUACUCGAAUCAGAUCGUAAGAAAGCUGCUUUCAUCACAGACGCUGGAGUUUAUAACUACAAAGCUAUGCCAUUCGGCCUAAAAAAUGCGGGUGCAACUUACCAGAAGCUUGUAGAUAAGAUAUUCGCACAGCAAAAGGGCCGGAAUGUGGAAGUAUAUGUGGAUGAUUCCAUAGUCAAGAGCAAAAAAGAGGUUGAUCACAUCGCAGACUUGCGAGAAACAUUUGCUACGUUGAGACAGUACGGUAUGAAACUAAACCCAAAGAAAUGCAUGUUCGGUGUUAAGUCAGGAAAAUUCUUGGGGUUUCUGGUCAGUGAAAGGGGAAUAGAUGCCAACCCAGAAAAAGUGGAGGCCAUUCUCAACUUGCCAGAGCCAAAAAACAUACGAGAUAUACAGAGAUUAACUGGAAAGAUGGCAGCACUCACUCGUUUUAUCAGUAAAUCUGCAGAUAGAUCCCUCCCAUUUUUCCAGGUACUGAAAGGCAACAAAACAUUCAAGUGGGAAGCAGAGCAAGAAAAGGCAUUCGCAGAGGUAAAGAAUCAUCUGAAGAGCCUCCCAACAAUAGCCAGACCAGAAGUAGGAGAUGUUUUGCAGUUGUACAUCUCUGCCUCCAAAAAAACUGUAGCAGCAGCCUUAAUAGUGGAAAAGGACAAGGCCCAACAACCAGUAUAUUUCGUCAGUCACAUUCUCAACCCCGCAGAGCAAAGGUACCCCCUGAUCGAAAAAAUGGCCUUCGCAAUUAUGAUAGCUGCCAGGAAGCUGAAACCAUACUUCGACGCUCACAAGGUACAAGUAUUAACAAAUCAGCCUUUAGAGAAAUCAUUGCGAAGGCUGGAUACCUCAGGCAGACUGCUGAAAUGGGCGGUAGAACUCUCUGAGUACGAUAUUGAAUACAGGCCAAGAACGGCCAUAAAGGCACAGGCAUUAGCAGACUUCAUAGCUGAGGCAUCUUACGAGGAGGAAGAGGAGCCUCUGGGGACCUGGCAGAUAUAUGUAGAUGGCUCAGCCGCAGUUACAGGGUCAGGAGCAGGCAUUAUAAUGACUUCACCAGAAGGUAAUGUCUUUGAAUAUGCCAUAAAGUUCAAGUUCAAAGCCUCAAAUAAUGAAGCAGAGUAUGAAGCAGCGAUCGCAGGCAUUCAAAUGUGCAAGGCAGCGGAUGCCAAAAAAAUCGUGUUGAAAACAGAUUCCCAGUUAGUGGCCAGUCAGUAUAGAGGCGAGUAUGAAACUCGAGAACCGUCCAUGCAGAGGUAUCUGGCACUGAUGAAAGAAGCCGUAGCCCAGUUGGAAAGCUUCGAGAUUCAGUUGAUCCCCAGAGCAGAGAAUAGCCAAGCAGAUGCUCUCUCAAAAUUAGCAAUCUCUUCGCUGCAAGACCUUGAAAGAACAGUGAUGGUGGAAGUACAGGAAGAAAAGAGUAUCGAUAAAAGACCUAUGGUAAAUGCCAUCAACACAGAGCCUCAGUGGUACGACAGUAUAGUAUCAUACAAGCUUGGUAGGGGUCUCCCUACAGCAGAGCCAGAACAGAAGAAGAUAAAGCGAAACGAACACUGGUUUGUGAUCUACCAGGGCAGAUUGUACAAAAAAUCCUUCUCCCUACCCCUGCUGAGAUGCGUCUCAACAGAGGAAUCACAGAGAAUCAUUGAAGAAAUUCAUGAGGGAAUAUGUGGUAAUCAUAUUGGGGGUAGAACACUAGCCUUAAAAGCUCUCAGAGCAGGGUACUAUUGGCCAACCAUGGUGAGUGACUCGCAGUCAUACGUGAAGAAAUGCGACAAAUGCCAAAAGUUCGCUCCAGUAAUCAAUCAGCCCUCAAAUGAUCUGCAACCAAUCAUCAAUCCCAUACCAUUCGCUCAGUGGGGAAUGGACAUCCUGGGUCCGUUUACAGCCGCGAGUGGAGGAAGAAGAUACUUGAUCGUGGCAGUGGAUUAUUUCACCAAGUGGAUAGAAGCAUAG